AUGAAGGCACAGUUUGUUCUUGUCUUUUCUACUUUGGCAGCCUUAAUUGCUGCUGAUACCACUGUCUACAUCACUUUAUCGGAGUGUGUUGCUAUAUCAACCGUAACUGUCACUGUUGGAUGUCUGUCAGGAGCUUCGUCUGAGGUGACUAGUUCAUCCCAAGUGACUAGUUCGUCUGAGGUGACAAGUUCGUCUGAGGUGACUAGUUCGUCUGUGGUGACUAGUUCGUCUGAGGUGACUAGUUCGUCUGAGGUGACUAGUUCGUCUGUGGUGACUAGUUCGUCUGUGGUGACUAGUUCGUCCCAAGUGACUAGUUCGUCUGAGGUGACAAGUUCGUCUGAGGUGACUAGUUCGUCUGAGGUGACUAGUUCGUCUGAGGUGACUAGUUCGUCCCAAGUGACAAGUUCGUCUGAGGUGACUAGUUCGUCCCAAGUGACAAGUUCGUCUGAGGUGACUAGUUCGUCUGAGGUGACUAGUUCGUCUGAGGUGACUAGUUCGUCCCAAGUGACAAGUUCGUCUGAGGUGACUAGUUCGUCCCAAGUGACAAGUUCGUCUGAGGUGACUAGUUCGUCUGAGGUGACUAGUUCGUCUGAGGUGACAAGUUCGUCUGAGGUGACAAGUUCGUCAGAGGUGACUAGUUCGUCUGAGGUGACUAGUUCGUCUGAGGUGACUAGUUCGUCUGAGGUGACAAGUUCUUCGAUAGUUUCUUCAUCUGGCACUAGUCACUCAUCUGAAGUCACCAGCUCCUCUGUUGAGACGCAAUCACAUCCAAAUACCAACGCUCCAGAAUCGACUCUGGUCUCUCCCAGUACAGAGUCUUCCCAAUCAACCAAUGUUGAGUCAUCUCCAGCUACUACUUCUGGAUCUUUACCAACUACUAGUGCUGUAUUCUCACCGGCCACUAACACGGAGUCUUCUGUUGUUACAUCUGUUCCUGAAUCUUCGCCAGCUAUCAGCAUUACUGAGUCUACAGUGACCAAUGCUAUCGAAUCAUCUACCGUGACUCUUGGUGUUGAGUCAUCUGGAGUGACUUCUGUUGAAUCUUCCGCAGCUGGAUCGUCUACAACUGAAUCGUCUGCAUUGAGUUCUGCAGCUGAGUCUUCUGCUGAGAGUUCAGAGGGAUUUUCUUCCCUGAAAGAGACUAGUUCCAGUUCCAGUUCCUAUCCUGUUAUUUCUACCAUUGAUCACUCUUUCGGUUUAUCUACCAAAUUCAACUGGGAAAUGGCUGUAGGUCUUGCUGCUAUUGCAUUUGUUUAG